CAAAUUAAAUUGUAACUGUUUUGUGUCGAAAUUGUUUAUUCGGAAUGUAAUUUAUAAUUCAAGUUAAACGUAUUUUAUUAGAAUAUUAAUGAAAGAAUUAGGUCUAAUGGGUUCCGUUUGUGUAGUUAGUUCGAGUGAUCAAGUUGAAUUCGCGCUAUUUUUUUAAUUCUAGCGGCCAUCUUAUGUUCUUUCAUUUCUUUCGUUGAUUUCUUUGAUCAUUUAGCAAAUCCUUUGUUCAAGGCCAAGACGUCGCGUUGCUAAGAAAAUAAUUCUAUGAGAUGGACGCGGUUCGAACUUGAACAUUUUUUCAAGCUUAAUCCGCUUACCGGUAAUCUUACCGUAAAUUUUAUUAGUAACGGAAAACAGAAACGCGCAUGUGAUGAAUUAUACUUGGAGCAACAGAUUAUGCGGCGCAGUUCACCGAGGUCGAAAUAUCCGCUGUUACAUCAAGCGCGUUCGUGUAUCAAUUAGCCCGAGCCUUCUUGUACGCCGUUGAUUAUAGUUGAUUGUGUUUCUGGUGCGCGUUGUUUGAAUAUGUGACUAGAUCCACACUCAACUAUAACGCCGCGUUUCACUACCUCAGCAACGUGGAGAAGAAAAUUCCUAUUGAAAUGCUAGUAUCAUUUGCAUUUGAUGAGCCAGGGUCUAGUGCUCGUUUUAUGAGUUGUCGUGACUAGAUCCCUACUCGUCUAGAGCAAUUGUAAAGGCAUGAAUGUUAAACUUAAAGAUUCAAGACCAAGUGUUCCUCCUCCAGGUCCCGUUGCGUCGUUUUCGGACGGUAAUCCUACCAAAGAAUAUACAUCUCGAAAGAAUUCCGGUCAUGUUGUUUGUAAUUAUGGAAACCAUGUCGAUACAUUGUCUUGGAGCACUUCGGAAAAGUACGCGCCUGAAGUUGAAUUUAGCGAAGAAUUUAACCCGGUGAAUCCAAAAGUCCGUUACAUGUUUAGUACGAUUCUCGAUAAAAUCCAAACCUAUAAAAAACAAGGAGAUGAUUUGUGUAAAGAUAUCAUCGACAACAACGAUCUGAAACCUCCAAUAGAAACGCAUCAUAUUACAAUGGAAACGGCAACAUUUGCGGGUAGAAUUUUAUGCGACGGUCGUGGUAAGCUUAAUCCGAGUUCUUUAUUGUUGGAAUGUUGCUUAUUCAACAUACGUGAAGAAAAAGUGAAACUAGAAGUAAACGAGGCGCCGGAAUAUAGUUUAUUUCCCGGUCAAGUUAUCGUAGUCGAAGGCAAAAAUCCCGAUGGUAAAAGAAUCAUCGCCGAGAAAAUAUACGCCGAUGCUAAGCCGGAUAUUUAUCCGGAUUUCGAUCCUAGCAAAAAUUUACAAGAAUCUUUACAAGUUGUUAUCGCUUGUGGUCCUUUUAUGCUUGCGAAUGGAUCGUAUCAACCAUUUUUGGACUUGAAAAAAUACGUCGUUAAAAACCUACCUCAUGUAUUGAUUAUAAUUGGACCUCUUGUCGAUGCCCAGAACCCUAAUAUAUUGCAGUUUGGUAAUAAUAUGAAAUUCAUCGAUUGUUUUGAAUCACUCCUUAAAACUUUGAUGGAUGAUCUUGAAGGGACGCAUACCAAAGUAGUGUAUACGAGUAGCUGGAGAGAAAGCAAUUUGCAUAUAGUUUAUCCUACGCCACAUCCGCUUCAUGUAUCGUUCAAAAGUAAGAAUUUGAGUAACUUGAAAUUGGUACCGGACCCGAGUAUUUUAGACAUAUCUGGAUUCACUAUUGGAGUUACAGCGUCUGAUAUUUUACUACAUCUGAGUCCAGAAGAAUUAUGCCACCCAAAUACUCCUCAAAAUGUGCCUCGUUUGUGUCGGAUCGCUUCUCAUUUACUGAAACAAAAGAGCUUCUAUCCAUUGAAACCAUCUCACGAUGAGAUGUCCAUCGAUGCCAGAUUAUCAACCGAACACGCCUAUAUACCGUUGAAACCGCACGUUCUCGUUUUACCAUCAAAUCUUAAAAGUUUUGUCAAUGUGGCAGAUGAUUGUGUGAUAAUCAACCCUGAACGAGUCGCUAAAGGUGAAUAUGGCGGAUCAUUUGCUAGACUUCAAGUCAGAAAAGCUACAGAUGGUGAGAAAUGGUCGCCAGCUACUCAUAUUUCGGCGCAAGUUAUUAAAGUAUAAAUUAUUAUUUUGAAAACGUUCCUAUAUUUCGAUUCGUGUGUAUUAAAAGUGAGUAUGUAUUUAUCGCGUGACGGUUUUAAUUAAAUUAUUUUUUACACAGAA